GCUCACCAUGGCGCAUAUUAGCAUCGGUCUCUUUUGUUUCUGGGUCCUUCCGUUUCCCUUUGUCUCCCUCUCUAUAUUCCGCGAAAUACCUAAGCCCAAUAAGACUUCCUCCCCUCUUAUCCCUUUUCAAUCUCUUCGCCGCUUCCUUCUACUUAUCACCGAUCUGCGUAGCGCGUUGUCCUCUCUCCAAUCGCCUCAUCCGGGAUCGAUCGCCUUGUUCUUCCCCAUCAUCUUCAGAUCCCGAUCGAUUUUUACCGAUUUUCAUCGAGUUUCGUCGGUGCCCGCGAUCUAAUUGAGGCGCUAUUUGUUUUAUAAGAUAGUUUGCAGCAGAGAUGCGGGGAUAUGAAGAUGACAUUGAUGAGAAUGCUGGAUACGCCGAGUAUGAUGAAUAUGAUGAGUAUGAUGAUGACGAAGUGCCAGAAGAAGACGCGGCAGAAUACGAGGAAGAAAAAGAAAGACAACCUACUAAAGAAGAGAUGGAGUAUCUUGAAUUGCGUCAACGUUUGAAGGAUUCGAUUAGGAAAAAGAUGAAAAGAGAAGGCGGGAAUGCUCGAUCUUCACAGGAGAAGAAGAGUAAACUCCCAUAUAAUGAUUUCGGUUCCUUCUUUGGCCCUUCUCGGCCUGUUAUUUCUUCAAGAGUAAUACAAGAGAGCAAAUCGUUGUUAGAGAAUGAGCAAUUGACCUCUAGACUCUUAAAGUCAGGCCAUGCUAGCAAAAAACCUGUUUCAGUGGGCAGCUCAGGUUGUAAGAAUAGUUCAUAUGACAAGAGACCUAAAGUUGUGAAUGAGGUGAAAAAGAAAGUUGAAAAACUCAAGGAUACAAGAGAUUACUCGUUCCUUUUUUCCGAUAAUGUGGAUCUUCCUGUUUCUAGGAAGGAUCCACCUGUGCAAAGCCGACUUGUUCCUAGUUUUGAGGCUCGAUCUGCUCAAUCAUCAGUGAGGCCCAAACAGUCACCAGGUAACAAUGGAAGAAUUGCUCCUAGCGCUCACGAGGAAGGGAGGUCAGCUUCAAUGAAUGGGCAGAUGCAUUCCAGACCUGGCAGCUCUGGCAGCCAAAUGCAUUCAAGACCAAUUUCCUCGGGUAGCCAAAUGCAUUCAAGACCAGCUUCCUCGGGUAGCCAAAUGCAUUCAAGACCGGCUUCCUUAGGUAGCCAAAUGCAUUCAAGGCCAGCUUCCUCAGGUGGCCAAAUGCAUUCAAGACCGGCUUCCUCGGGUGGCCAAAUGCACUCAAGACUGGCUUCCUCAGGUGGCCAAACGCAUGCAAGGUUGGCUUCUUCGGGCGCCCAAGUGCACUCAAGACCUGGUUCCUCAGGCGGUCAAUUGCAUCCAAGACCAGGUUUGUCUACAAAUGGGCAAACCCAUUUGAGGCCGGGGCCAGCUGCGAAUGGCCAAAUGCAUCAAUCAACCAGCCGGAGUAGCCAACCAAGUUCCAAAUUAAGUUCUCAGAGGCCAGUUUCUGCUAGAAAACCUGAUUCUGUGCCAAUAGAUCAAAGAAGGCAGCUGGGCAACAAUAAUGGAGUAGGCCCUGGCCGGCCUGCAGGGACUGCAAAGCCAUUGCCUUCUAAGGCCCCUAUUUCAUCUCUGGAAAGGAAGGUCUCUGUCUCAGGCGCAAAGAGUUCUCUUCAAAAUGGUCAGAGACCAUCAUCUUCAAGACCACUCCCAUCUUCGAGACCACUCCCACCAUCUGAUCCUAGGCAAAGGGUCGAAUCGAGAAAGUUUUCCCAUGAACCCACAAGGUCUCAAAUGAUCCAGAAACAAUCAGUGCCUCCUGCAAAACACCAGAUGAGCAAACCGAUCAAGCAAGUUCCAGCACGUGAUGUAGUGAGGCCGAAGAAGAAGCCUAAAAUGUCGGAGGAUGAAGAAGCGCUCAGCUUGAUUAGACAAAUGUUCAGGACUGAUCGGUUUGCGGGGCGGGAGGAUGAAGGCGAUGAUAGUGACAUGGAGGCCAACUGGGAUGAUAUCAUGAGAGAAGAGAAACGAAGUGAGAGGAUAGCGAAGCAGGAAGACGAGGAACAACUCAGGCUGAUAGAGGAAGAAGAAAGGCGUGAAAGAAUGAGAAAGACGGCUAAGAUGAAGCGGAAGCACUGAGCCAUUAAUGGCAUAAGCCCUCUUCUCUCUGGACCUCAGUUUUCAGGCUUCUUCAUUGAAUUAUCUUAUAAUAAUGGUUGAUGGGUCAGUUUUGGGAAUGUAAUUUUUCCUUUUCUGGGGGCUUUACAUUGCAUUCCCUUUGUUCAAGUAGUUCACUUCAUCCUCACAGUUGUACAAUCAAUUUAUCAAAAUCUAUAAAACAAUUAAAAGAAAACUCGAUCUGUGUAAGAAUUGUUCACCUCAAAUGUUGGCAUAUUAGAUAUGCCAAGUGUUGUUAUGAGCUCCUA